AUGGAGGGCCCCGCGGAGCCCAAGCUACCAGACGCGUACGCGGACCUCGAAGUGAGCCCAGCAGCCUCUAGUGCCGAGAUCAAGACCGCCUUCCACCGCCUCGCUCUCCUCCAUCAUCCCGACAAGAAGGCGCCAGGCGAAGCUGUCGAUGCAGCCGACUUCCGACGAAUCCAAGAAGCCUACGACAUCCUGAGGGAUCCGAAAGGCAAAGCGCGCUACGAUCAGUCUUAUAGCAGUAUACGGACACAAUGGGACACCUACAGGAGGGAACAUGCCGAAUACAUGCGGAACCCGAAUGCAUGGCGGCAGAAGCAAUCCGCAGAGAGGAUUCGUGCUCAGGCCGAAUCGGAUCGCCGUGCGGCGGCCAUGCGAAGGGCGGCGCAGGAGCAGGCGUGGGCAGAGGCAGAGGCUUUCUACGAGGACGAAUACGAGUACGAGUACGACGACGACAGCGAUUGCGAAUACUACUCUGGCGGCUAUGGCCCUAGCUUUGGAGGUGGCCGCUUCGGUGGUGGCUUUGAUGGCUUUGACAGCUACGACCCGGAGGAAAUCCUCUUGGCAGAAUUGCUCCGACGGCGCGAGAACUUCGAAGCUGCGGCUAGACGUAACGCUGAAGAGAGGGCCAGGAAAUCGGCAAUCGAAGACAUCAAUAAGCAAUGUAUCGAGCGACUGAAGAAGGCGGCUGCGGCUCGACAAGCAGAGGGUGAUGGUAUACGUAUCGUCGACCCAGAAAAGAAGCGCGCCAUGGCGCAAUUAUGGGUCAUCAGCUUGCAACGCGAUUAUGAUUCUGAACUCCGGAAGGCUGGGUUACGUCCCGACGACGACUCCAUUAUGGAUCUAGGGUGGGAACGGAAGAAGGGGAGACAAACUUGCCUGUUUUGCGCCGCUCACAAGAAGAUCGAAGCGUCAUCCCCAAUUCACCCGUUCAAUUUUCACGGCACUGGCGUGGCGCCAAAGAAGGGGAAGGGAAAGAAAGGCAAGGGCGGAAAGAAGCCUCAGACGACUAAACGCCACUCUGAUCCGGAAGGAUCCGACUCGGUCGAGCGAGACCAGGACGAGGAGCAAACCAAUGGAGAAGAAGCAGAGCAACCACACAACGCCGAAGAAGAGGCCGCAAAGCAGGCAGCAGAAGAGCUUGCGCGUAAGGAAGAAGCCCAGCGACAAAAACAGGAGCGCAAAGCCGAGGCGGCGAGACGAAAAGCAGAGCGUGAAGCACAAGCCAAGCUCGCACGAGAAGCUGCAGAGAAGGCGGCACAGGAGAAGGCUGCGAAAGAGAAGGCUGAAGCGGCAAAAGCAGCACGAGAGCUGGCAGCUGCGCAGGAAGCUGCCCGGCUAGUAGCGGGUAAGAAGAAGGAAGCUCGUGAGCAGGAAGCUAGGGAGAAGAAGGCAGCUCGGAAGAAGGCCGCAAAGGAGAGGACCGCUCUGGAAAAGGCGGCACAGAAGAAGGAUGAAAACGAGAAGAUAGCGGAUGGACGUGAAGCCCAAGAAGAAAACGCUUCCGAACAAGACGCUCAGAAAGCUCGUGAGAUCGCCGAGCAAGAGGCAGAACGAAAGGCUGAGAAGGAGGCGAAAGCAAAGACCAAGCGUGAGGCAAGAGAGCUCGCUGCGCUCGAGGCGAAGGAGCGUGAGACACGGGAAGCUGAAGAAUACGCGGCACACGAGGCCCAGGUGCGUGCAACACACGAGGCUCAAGAGCGCGCGGAACGUGAAGCCAAAGAACACGAGGCCGAGGUACUCGCAGCACAAGAGGCCAACUUUCGCGCCGAGCUGGAAGCAAAAGAGACGGCAGAGCGCGAGGCCAGGGAAAUGUUAGAGCGUGUGGCUAGAGAGACAGUGGAACGUGUCACUAGGGAGACUAUAGAGCGUGUCACCAAAGAGACGGUCGAGCGUCUCAACAGGGAAAUGGCAGAGCGUGACGCAAAGGCUGCUGCAGAACAACAAGCCGAAGCCUUCGCAGAAGCAGAGAAUGCGAACGGGUACGAGAACGUAGAGCAGGUGGUGGAACCCUCGUCAACGAACACGCCGCCCGUCGAGCCCUCGAUCGCCACCGAUUCAGCAAUUUCCAAGAAGACCAAGAAGAAGGCGACUCGUCCACCAGCCACCUGCUACACCUGCAACGAGCAAGGCCAUUUCGCCCGCGACUGUCCCAUGAAGCCUGUCGAAGCCACCGCCGAUAAUAAACCCCAACCUCACGCUGGUACAAGGCCUGCGCCGAAGAUUGAGGUGACUAGUAAACCACCGCCACCAAUACCUGCACCCGCAAAGGUUGUUGUUAAACUUCCAGUCCCUCGUAAACCGAAGGCAAAAGAGGUCGCGAACGGCACCACUGCUGUACAUCCAGAGGCCACUGCACCUUUCAUGGACGCCUCGGCUCCUCAGAAGCCUGCGAAGCCAAUCAGAGCACCGAAGAUGAAACAUCUACGUCCAGCGCCUCCGAAGGAUCAAGGUGUCAAUGGCGUCCCUACUUUAAUUGAUCAACCCAGCAUUCUACCUCCAACCAACGGUACGGCAAACGUGUCUUUCUCCGAGCAGACAAGCAAGCCAGCCAAGAAGCCGAAGGUGAAAGGCCCGUUGGCUUGCUAUGUUUGCAAAGAGGUAGGACACAAAGCGAAGAGCUGCCCCGCAAAGAGUGAAGGGCAUAUGUUCGAUGUCGUCAAAUAA